CGCAACAAGUAAUCGAGACGCCGGGAUAACUUUACCAGGUGUAUACCAGUCUUGGACAAUGACAGGAAAGAUGAGAUCUUUCUUCAUUCGUGACUUACUUGGUGAAUCAAUUUCGGCUCCGAAACCUGACAGAGACGAAGAUGACCUGAAUUCGUCCAGUAAUGACGAGAAGCUGUUUACCAAAACCACUCCCCCCUUGUAUCUUAAGGAGUCUUCCGCGAAUGGACAGCAUAGUUUUAAGAAAGAAGAGAAUCCAUUCAGCCGCGUUCAUCGCCGAAGCGCCGAUCUGGAAGACGGUAUGCACUGUGGCAACAAGAAGCCCCGAAGGCGUCGAACUGCUUUCACCCAUGCUCAACUGGCUUUCCUCGAGCGCCGAUUUCGAUCGCAAAAAUAUUUGUCUGUUGCAGAUCGGGGCAACGUUGCAGAGCUCCUCAAUCUGACGGAAACGCAAGUGAAAACUUGGUAUCAAAACAGGAGAACUAAAUGGAAAAGACAAGCCCAGCAACAACAGCAGGCGGACCCAUCUAUGGCUUCGUCCUACUCCGUUAAUGCAACGCUACCUAACAUGGCUGACAGUCGGUCGUCGGCUGCCUAUUGCCAACCUUUGCUGUGCAGUAAUGAUGUUAGCAGGAACCCGGAAUCGUUCUUUCCUUACAUCCGGGCAAUCCCAACUGUCUUUUCAACUAGUUGCCACUUUUCCUAACCUUUCUAUGUAAAUCCCUUACUACAACAUAGCUAUAAUUAUUGUUCUUUUCGUAUUGUACCUAUCUCGCUAUUAACAAAUGUACACGUCCUCUUAUUUUAUUUUAUUUUAUUUUAUUUUAUUGCAAAACUUAAAUUUUUCUUGCUAUUUUUGUUAAAUAUGCUCUUGUACGAGUAUUCUCGUCUAAAAAAUUUCACAAAACACUGCUAAAACAUUGUAAAUUGCUAGACAUUCACCACUGCUGUGGUUGCUUGUUAUCAUAUACCCUAUUUUGAGUUUAUUUUUGUUCUUUUUUUAGUUUAAAAGUAAAUAAUUUCGUAUACAGUAUGAACAUCAUAUCACCAUUCGCAUUGUAGAGGAAAAAAUAAAACACAUUUCUUGAAUUUAUUUCUUUGCUAGGUGGUUUACAUGCAAAGUGUUAGUAGGCCUACUUAUUGCCAUCACAGGAAACCCCCCCAACCAAAUGGAAGUAUGACUGGUCGGAUUCCGAAGUUUGGUUUAGGCACUUUGAUUUAAAUGAAAAACAUUAGGCCUAACCACCGCUUUGAAUAGUUGAUCAAACGGAACAAUCAGACAAAAUUAGCUUCAACAUAUUAUAAUAAUACUAUAGAAACCUGAUUGACAUGUAGGGCUUAGACGAUCGACAUUAACACCCGUAUGUGUAAAGGAAUGUCUGGAAAUAAAGUUGAUAGACGGAUAGCUUGCAAAUGUACGGAUUAUUAGACAAUUUCUUUGUUUCUCUUCCUUUUCGUAAAUUUUCUUUACGCUUCAGAGGUUUCCCUAUGCGUGCAUUGUCUGGCCUCAUCAGGGGUCGGCGCAUUCAUUGGGCGACUCCCCCUAUUUCUCUUAACAGGACUUUGGUGCGGUGUGACAAACAACAGAGGGCUGGAAAUAAGCAGGACAGGGGUCAUGCAAAUACCAAAGA